AUGCGAUUCAAGCGUGGGGAAUGGACCGAGAACAUGCUCAACUUUGCUAUGGUGAAGAUUGCAAAGGAGAGGCUGACCGCGGACCAGCUGUUGAAAGUCGAAAUCAUCCCCAUGAGUGCAGUCAACGCGGCCCGGGCGAAACAACCGUACGAACCCAUGGGUCCUGGCAGACUCGAUGGUGUGCUUGGCAAGCAACUCGUAGUCUUUCCGCUGUGGUCAAGCUCUAGGGAGGUCGGGAGCGGUUCUCAUGUAGCGUACCAGUGGCGUAAGGUGCUCGAUCAUUUUGACUCGAUUCUCUUACAGCAUGAUCGAGAUGAUAAAUUUAGGGUUCUUGGAAAACCACCCUACCGGCGAGAGGAUAUAUUCAAGGACAUAGUGACCAGCUGCAAAAAGUAUUUCGACAAGCUGGCGGCAGGUGAUGAGGAGGAUGCGGGAGAGGUGGACCUGGAACCCGUUGGGGACGCUGCUGAGGACACGGGUGCCCCGCCCGUUAUUGACGCCGAAAUAGUCGCGUUGGGGGCAAUGGUUGCUGACGGCGCACGAAUGGGUCUGGCCAACGAGCGUCAGAGCGUAACGGAUGGGGAGGGUCAGAUGAUGGACAGAGAGGAACCACCUUUUCAGAGGAGUGCGCGCGAGAUCUUGCGUGGAAUGAGGGAGGCGCAGCAGAGGGCACCAGAGGAUAAGACCGAGCGUUGCGGGUCGGAGACCCAACAACAGAGGGGGGAGGGGGAGAGGGUGGAGGAGUUAGCAAUUGGUUUAGAGGCAGUGCACCUCUCGGUCGAGAAUGAUGAACAGGAGGAGCAGGGGCAGGGUAUGGACAUGAGGCAGGGCAGUCCGAAUGUCGUAGGCGAAUCGGAGGAUGAGGUCCUGAGAGCGGAAUGCGAUAAUAGGGUGGUGUAUCAGAGGCGGGAGACAAGAACAAAGAAGAAGUAUGAUCAGGAGCGGGAAGCACGCGAGGAGGAAGAGGCGAAGCGGAGGGUGGAACAGAAGCGUGUGAGGCUCGAGGACCAGGAGCGAGAGGUGAGUGCGAUGGAGGGGGACAGGGAGAGUGAGGAACGCGAACGCAAGAGGGAGGAAGAGCGGAAGAGGGAGGAGGUGAGGAAGGUGUGGCGCGAAAAGGAAGAGAAGCGGCAGAGGGAGGAGGAAGAGCGGAAGAGGGAGGAGGAAAGGCAGGCUGAGCGCGAAAAGGAGGAGAAGCGGCAGAAGGAUGAAGAGCGGAAGAGGGAGGAGGAAAGGCAGGCAGAGCGCGAACAAGAGGAGAAGCGGCAGAGGGAGGAGGAAGAGCGCAAAAAGGAGGAAAGGCAGGCUGAGCGCGAACAGGAGGAGAGGCGGCAGAGGGAGGAGGAAGAGCGGAAGAGGGAGGAGGAGAAAAAGGCUGAGCGCGAAAAGGAGAAGGCAAAACGCGAAAAAGAGCAGAAGCGGCAGGAGGAGGAGGAGGAGGUGAAGAGGGAGGAGGCGCGGAAGGCCGAACGCGAAAAGGAACAUAACCGGCAGAAGGAGGAGGAGGAGCGGAAGAGGGAGGAGGCGAGGAAGGCGGAACGCGACAAGGAGCAGAAGCGGCAGGAGGAGGAGGAGCGGAAGAGAGAGGAGGCUAGGAAGGCGGAACGUGAAAAGGAGCAGAAGCGACAGGAGGAGGAGGAACGGAAGAGGGAGGAGGCAAGAAAGGCAGAACGCAAAAAGGAAGAUAAGCGGCAGAAGGAGGAGGAGGAGCGGAAGAGGGAGGAGGCGAGACAGGUAGAACGCGAAAAGGAGGAGCAGCGGCAGAAGGAUGAGGAGGAGCGGAAGAGGGAGGAGGCGAGGAAGGCAGAACGCGAAAAGGAGCAGAAGCGGCAGGAGGAUGAGGAGGAGCGGAAGAGGGAGGAGGCGAGGAAGGCGGAACGCGAAAAGGAGCAGAAGAGGCAGGAGGAGGAGGAGCGGAAGAGGGAGGAGGCGAGGAAGGCAGAACGCGAAAAGGAGCAGAAGCGGAAGAAGGAUGAGGAGGAGCGGAAGAGGGAGGAGGCGAGACAGGUAGAACGCGAAAAGGAGGAGUAG